CCUAGGAAGACAUCCGGCAGCCGGGACGCCAGCCGCCGCGCCGCUGCGGAAAUACCCUUGAGGCCCUGCCGACCAGUCCCGGGCGAGCGGCCGAACAAGAAAGCACUCUGGCUCCCGAGGUCCACCCUUUACACCCCAAGGUCCAUAUGGCGGCCAACGUGGGGGACCAGCGAAGCUCAGAAUGGUCCUCUCAGUACAGCAUGGUGGCCGGCGCAGGCCGGGAGAACGGCAUGGAGACGCCCAUGCACGAGAACCCGGAGUGGGAGAAGGCCCGCCAGGCGCUGGCCAGCAUCAGCAAGGCGGGGGCCGCCGGCAGCUCCGCCAAGGCCAGCAGCAACGGGCCCGCGGCCGGUGCUCAGUACGUGUCGCAGGCAGAGGCGUCGGCUCUGCAGCAGCAGCAGUACUACCAGUGGUACCAGCAGUACAACUACGCCUACCCCUACGGCUACUACUACCCCAUGAGCAUGUACCAGAGCUACGGCUCCCCCUCCCAGUACGGCAUGGCCUCCCAGUAUGGCUCAGCCACCCCCCAGCAGCCAGCGGCACCCCAGCACCAAGGGACUCUGACGCAGCCCCCCGUCCCCGGCAUGGAUGACAGCCUGGCCUACCAGGCCUCCCCUCAGCAGCUGCCAGCUGCCCAGCCCCCUCAGCCUUCCAACCCCCCGCAUGGGGCCCUGGCCCUGAGCAGCGGCCCCCAGCCCGGGACGACGCCAGCCACGCAGCACAGCCAGCCGGGGCCGGGCCCCAGCCAGGCCUAUGGGCCACACGCCUACACGGAGCCCGUCAAGCCCAAGAAGGGCCAGCAGCUGUGGGGCCGCAUGAAGCCGGCACCCGGGACAGGUGGUCUCAAGUUCAACAUCCAGAAGCGGCCCUUUGCUGUCACCAACGCUAACUUCAGCCCCACUCCGGAGGGCCAGCACAGCAGCUUCGGACCCCAGCCCACCCCCGAGAAGGCCCAGAACCACAGGGCCAGCCUGUCUGGGAAGCCGGAUGACUGGCCGCAGGACAUGAAGGAGUAUGUGGAACGCUGCUUCACGGCCUGCGAGUCUGAGGAGGACAAGGACCGCACGGAGAAGCUGCUCAAGGAGGUGCUGCAGGCCCGGCUCCAGGACGGCUCCGCCUACACCAUCGACUGGAGCCGGGAGCCACUGCCGGGGCUGACUCGGGAGCCUGUGGCUGAGAGCCCCAAGAAGAAGCGGUGGGAGGCCCCUAGCAGCCUUCACCCUCCCAGGGGGGCAGGCUCAGCGACCAGGGGCGGGGGUGCCCAGUCCCAGCGAGGGACUCCAGGGGCUGGGGGUGCUGGCCGAGCCCGGGGCAGCAGCUUCGCCAAGUUUGGCAACCGCAAUGUCUUCAUGAAGGACAGCAGCUCCUCCUCCAGCACGGACUCCCGCUCCCGCUCCUCCUCCCGGUCCCCGACUCGCCACUUCCGCCGAAGUGACUCCCACUCAGACUCUGACGGUUCCCACUCGGGGAACGAGUGUCAUCCUGUGGGCCGCAGGAACCCGCCUCCCAAGGGCCGGGGGGGCCGGGGGGCCCACAUGGACCGGGGCCGAGGCCGCGCGCAGCGUGGGAAGAGGCAUGACAUAGCUCCCACCAAGCGCCGCAAGAAGAUGAGCAUGCUGGAGUGCGAGGACCCCCAGCGCGAGCUCAAGAAGCAGAAGCGUGUGGCGCGCUUCCAGCACGGACACUCCCGCCGCCUGCGCCUCGAGCCCCUGGUGCUGCAGGUGGGCGGCCUGGACGUCGGCAGCGCUGACCCCGACUGGCAGGAGCUGCAGAUCGUGGGCACCUGCCCCGACAUCACCAAGCACUACCUGCGGCUCACCUGCGCCCCCGACCCGUCCACCGUGCGCCCAGUGGCGGUCCUGAAGAAGUCUCUGUGCAUGGUCAAGUCUCACUGGAAGGAGAAGCAGGACUAUGCCUUUGCCUGCGAGCAGAUGAAGUCCAUCCGGCAGGACCUGACGGUGCAAGGCGUCCGGACGGAGUUCACGGUGGAGGUGUACGAGACCCACGCCCGCAUCGCCUUGGAGAAGGGUGACCACGAAGAGUUCAACCAGUGCCAGACGCAGCUCAAGUCGCUGUAUGCCGAGAACCUGCCGGGCAACGUGGGCGAGUUCACUGCCUACCGGAUCCUGUACUACAUCUUCACCAAGAACUCGGGGGACAUCACCACGGAGCUGGCCUACCUCACGCGGGAGCUGAAGGCAGACCCCUGUGUGGCCCACGCCUUGGCACUCAGGGCAGCCUGGGCUCUGGGCAACUACCACCGCUUCUUCCGGCUCUACUGCCACGCGCCCUGCAUGUCUGGCUACCUCGUGGACAAGUUUGCAGACCGGGAGCGCAGGGCCGCCCUCAAGGCCAUGAUCAAAACGUACGUGCAGCUGAGCCCCUCCCUGCCGCCCCUGCGCACUUGGCUGAUGGGGGCUGCUCCAGCCUGUCCCUCCCUCCACUGUCCCCUUCCCCGUCCCCUCCCCGUGGCUCUCGCACCUACACACUCCCCCUCUGACACAGUCCGCUCUGCUCUGGGCCCCCCUUGCUCUUCUCUCCCAGCAGCCUUCACUCAGUUCUAUCCUGACUCUGCCUCCAUGGUGAAGGCCCUGGUGUCUGUUUCUCAAAUCCUGGGUUGCCUGGGUCUCUGUCUCACUUUUCAUAUUUUCUAUCACUGUCUUCCUACUCUGGACAAACUAGAAAAGACGGUCCUGCUCUUGGGACAGAACUCACCCCCUUGAGUUCCGCUGAGAGUAAGAAGUGCUGGGGGCGAGGGGGGGGGUGCAGGCCAGCCUGGUGGUGCUUGUGGGCACCUGCCAGGGGGUGGGGCGCCAGGGUCAGUCCCAGACUGCGCUUCUGGGGCAGGGGUGAUGUGACAUCAGGAGACAGAAGGCUAGGCCCUAGGUGCUCUGGCAGUGUUUAGGGAGGCUGGAGUGAUGGGUCAGUACCAGCCUCCCUGAGGCUGAGGGGUCUGAGGGCUGUUGACUGCCCCAGGGUUCCACAGUCACAGUCCCUCCUGAGGGCCAGGGGGCCAGAGGCGAGCCUGCUGGGCACACAGCAGCAGAGGGCCUGUGGGCUGCCCUCACCCUCCCCUUGGGGUGGUCCCCAGCUCAUCUUGUCCCCCAGUCAGCGGUGAUAAAGGCGACUGUCACGGUGGCCUCGCUCCUGGCGUCACAGCCAGUGACAAGCAUGUUCCCUGCACUUGAUGAGUGCUCAGUACCCUAUUGGGACUGGGAGUUGUGGUCCUCACCAUGUGACAGCUAUAGCUGGUGGCACCCUGGGGUAUCCGGGGCACCGUGACCCCCACAGGGAUAGUGAGAAACAAGUCCCAGAGUAGGGGUCAGCCCUGCUUGCCCCAGACCCCCUGCCCACCGAAUCCUGAGGUCUGCUCAGGCCUCGGGCCAGUGGAGGAGCCGGCCGGCCCCUCUUGUCCCCUCACCUUCCCCCACACAGGUAAGUGAGGGCGAGGGGGCACAGCCAGGGGUGCCGCCGCCGCCGCCUCCCCUGCCCUGAGGGAGGGCCGGGUGGGCCAGCAGGAGCCUUGCUGAGGAGACACUGGGUGCCCGAAUGGGGUGCCCACUUCCCGUUGGUGGGUCCCCCCACUGCCCGCUGCCCCCCUCAUCGCUCUCUCCUCUUGUUUCCUAGCUUCCGCCCUGUGCUGCCCGUCUCCUUCCUGCAGGCCGAGCUGGCCUUCGAGGGCGAGGCCGCCUGCCGGGCCUUCCUCGAGCCCCUGGGCCUGGCCUACUCGGGCCCGGACAACGCCAGCAUCGACUGCCGCCUCAGCCUG